CCGAAUCAGAGUACGGGAGGAGCACAACUGCGCAGCUGCACUGGCAGACGACGCUUUCGAUGUAAACAUACAUUUGCAAAUGUUUGCAAACGAUGUGAUGCAAACAUAACGAGCAGUUAUGGGAUCUGACAGCGACCAAGUGAUUUUGGCUACAGGAGGCUACGAUCACAGCAUUCGUCUCUGGCAGGCCCACAGCGGAUUGUGUCAGAGAACAUUACAGCAUGCUGACUCUCAAGUAAACUGCUUGGACAUCACGCCGGACAGGCAGCAUUUAGCAGCCGGAGGCUACCAGCACAUACGAACGUACGACAUCAACUCGAGCAACACCAACCCUAUCGUCAAUUAUGAAGGUGUGGCCAAGAACGUUACGGCCUUGGGGUUCCACGAGCAAGGCUUGUGGAUGUACACGGGUGGGGAAGACUUCUCUGCUCGUAUAUGGGACACGAGGACACGCACUGCCACCUGCCAGCGCAUGUUCGAGACUAAUGCUCCGGUGAACUGCGCCUGCCUUCAUCCCAAUCAGUGUGAGCUCUUCAUUGGAGAUCAGAGUGGUGUCGUCUACGUCUGGGAUCUCCGAAGUAACCACAGCGAACAACUGGUCCUGGAGAGUGACGUGUCGGUGCAGCACCUAGAUGUGGAUGCUAUGGGCCAGUACCUAGUAGCCAUAGACAAUAAGGGCUACUGCUACAUCUACACACUGGCCACUGCCAACAACCAGAUGGCAAGCCCACAGAAGAAGAUCAAGUUUCUAGCCCACAAGCGCUAUGGACUCAAAUGCCGACUCAGCCCGGAUGCGGGGUUGCUUGUGACCUCUUCAGCGGACAUGACAGCGUGUGUGUGGCGGAUGGCUGAUCUCUCUGGGGCUGGCACUGGAGAAGAUGUAACACCAACAGUGCGACUUGGAGAUCCCAACCAACGCUGGGUAUGGGACCUGGCAUUCAGCUAUGACGCACAUUUCCUCAUCACAGCUUCAUCAGACAGCGUUGCUAGACUUUGGAGCGUAAGUUCAGGCGAAGUCAAGAGGGAGUUCAGCGGGCACCAAAAGGCACUGACAGCUCUGGCGUUUCGUGAUGGCGCAUAAGUGCUCCCACGAUGAACACAUAAACUUUUCAAAUGUUGUUAGAAAGAACCAAUGUUUCUUCAAAUUUCAUCUCUGUACCUGUCUUUUCAUUAGUCUGCUGAUGAUGUUUAUGGCAGCUACCCAGUCAGCCAUAUGCAGCAAGGGAUGUCCCAGGGAGUCAUCAGCUAUGGUCUGCACACUUUGAUGUCCUCAGGACAUUCAAAAACCUGCUAGUGACAUACCUAAGAUGAACGUACUGCUAGAAAUAAUCAUGGCCUACCUGCUCA